AUUCCCUAAGAGGAAGUAGAAUCAACAUAAAUAUGGCGGAUAAAAGUUAUAAGUUCCUGCUCGAUUUGAGGCAAAAACCUGGAAAUAAUGCGUGUGCUGAUUGUGGUGAAUCUGAUCCUGAGUGGACGUCAUGGAAUCUAGGUGUUUUUCUAUGUGAAGGUUGUGCUGGGGUACAUCGUAGUCUUGGUGCACACAUAAGUAAAGUAAAGUCAAUCAGACUAGACAAAUGGGAAGAGGACCAACUCAGGUUAAUGGAAUCAGAAGGUAAUAUUAAGUGCCAGGAAAAGUAUGAACAGCAAGUACCCCCCUCAUAUAGGCGUCCCUGUUCAACAGAUGUACAAGUGCUUAAGGAGCAAUGGAUCCGUGCCAAAUAUGAAAGGUUGGAGUUUACCAACCCAGAAAAACAAACCUACCUAAGUGGAAGAAAAGAAGGUUAUAUGUGGAAAAGAGGAAAAGACAACAAUAAGUUUCAAAGUCGCAGAUUCGUCCUCUCAGAAACAGAGAACACCUUAAAGUAUUAUAAUAAAGAAGAUGCCAAAACCCCAAAGGCAACUUUAAAGAUUGACCAAAUAAAUGUGACAUUUGUACCAGACAAAAUUGGCAACUUAAACGGACUCCAAAUAACUUAUGAUAAUGAGGGCUCUACGAGAAAUCUCUUCCUGUACACAGAAGAGGGAAAGGAUAUAGUUGACUGGUACAAUGCAAUCAGAUCUGCCAAACUGAAUAUACUCAGAGUUGCUUUUCCUGGGACUGAUGAUGAAGAGUUAAUAAGUAAUUUAACCCGGGACUUUCUCAAAGAGGGCUGGCUGUACAAGACUGGACCCAAUAAAGGAGAUGCAUUUAAGAAAAGGUGGUUUACGCUAGACAAUAGAAAACUUAUGUACUAUCCAGAUCCACUGGAUCCAUUUCCCAAGGGGGAGGUGUUUCUUGGAUAUAAGAAUAAAGGCAACGCAGUUAGAGAAGGAGUUCCCCCUGGGUUUAAGACUCAGGGCUACCCCUUCACCAUCAAGACACCCGAAAGGAACUUUGUACUUAGUGCAGAAUAUGAAGAUGAGCAAAGCCAGUGGAUGGAGAUCCUCAAAUUUGUGAUAGAAAAACCGCUGACCCCUCAAGAUAGCAGCAGUAGGUUUCGUUAUAAAUGAAACAUUAUGGGAUAUAAAGCAUAAAAUAAAUCUAGAGGUGCAGCCAACAUGGUGAAGAAGAGAUCCAGUAUGAAGAUAUAAAAUUGAGACCUAUUGGAGAAUGAUGUACCAUGUGACAUAAAAUUGUUAGAAAUGCAUAACAUUGAAGACACAUCGUGCAUGUCACAGAGUUGAAAAUCAUCACAGCAGAAUAUCAGUUGAAUGUGAUCUACUGUAGACUAGGAGCCACAUCCAAAGGAAUCAUUUAAACCAGCCUGAUUCCAAAGAAAGCUGAAAUUAUCAAAAACUUAUUGACAUUUUUAUGUUUAAUAGUAUAACAUAACACAGUUUUACAUUAUGUUAUAAAUGCUCAUCCUUAUUAUAAAUUAGCACCUAUUUGCACAUCACCAUCCUCAGAUAUCUAUUAAAAUGUAAACCUAAUGUUACACAACUCUGUCUCAUAAAAUGAGUGUAGGGAAUAGGGAUGUGAUAGAAAGUUUAUUAUCCCACCUAACAAGUUUCAGGGGGAUAUGGAGAAGCUGUUCGUCCGUCCAUUCUUCCAUACUUUGUCCAUCUGUCCGUUCAUCUGUGUGUCCUGGCAAUGAAAAAUACCAGUUGACAGAUUUGAUUCAAAUUUUAUUGUCUUAUCCCUUUUCGGUGUAGCACCUCUGCUCAAGAAGGAACUUUCAAUAUGGCCUCUAAAUUCAAAAUAGUCAAAUACUCGUUCACAGAUUUGGUUCAAAUUUUAUAUGCUGAUUCCCAAAGGAGCUUUGUUCAAGAAGAAAUUCUUAAGAUGGCAGCUGAUUUUUGAA